UAAACCGUCCGGCGCUAAAUUCAAACGCUUCAGAGGAAGAAAAGCUGCAGCAGGCUCCGUGCUCAUACGACACACAACCGAUUAUAACAAGGAUACAGAGUUUCUGAAACACCACAGUGGAUUUUAAACGACUGAAGCAAAAAUGAGCGCAGCCUCGACACCUGUCUCCCGGAUACAACAAGGAUGGGCAUCAUCUGCUUUAAAGAACAAGGGUCUCUCCCCUGCAGCCUGCAGCACCCCCCUGCUGUCAGCCUUCCCUGGAAAUGAUGACGAGCAGGAAAGACGACAGCGCAGAAGGUCAAGAGUCAUUGACCUUCAAACUGCGACCGACUCCUCCUUCAAUGACUCUGCAACACACAGCGCUGCAGGGACUCCUGCUGCCGUGCCCAAGUUGUCAAAUGCUCAAAUCUCUGAGCAUUACUCCACCUGCAUAAAACUCUCCACAGAAAAUAAAAUCACGACUAAAAAUGCUUUUGGUCUUCAUCUGAUUGAUUACAUGGCUGACAUCCUCAAACAGAAGGACUCUGAACUCACAAAUUUCAAGGUGGCAGCCGGCACUUUGGAUGCCAGUACAAAGAUCUACGCUGUGCGUGUGGAUGCUGUUCAUGCUGAUGCCUACAGGGUGCUGGGUGGCCUGGGCGCAGAGACCAAACCUGGAGAGGACCACGGGCUGAAGGAAGAGCAUGGAGAUGAAGGAGCUGAAGCAACGGCCAAGCAGCCAAAGAAAAAGAGGCCUCCUAAGAGGACAGUGGAGCAGAACCUGAGCAACAUCAACAGCGCCGAGUCCGAGAGGAAGUGUGAGGUGGACCCGAUGUUCCACAGAAUGGCCUCAUCGUUUGAUGAGAGCAGCACGGCGGGCGUCUUCCUGUCGGUCCUCUUCAGUGAGAGCAAUCGCUGCGAACUGCUGUUUCCCUCCAACAUGACCCUCCUGCAGUCCAAACCCUCUUACUCUCCUCCGUCUCCUCAGGGAGUCUCUGCAUCUCCAUUUACAGCCGGACUGAAGCGUUCCCAGGAGAAGAGCUCCAUCUGCCCGUCCCUGCAGGACUUCUCGUUCACUAGCUGGAACCCUGACCAGACUAUGAACCAGCUCUUGGACAAGAUGAAACAGGGUGACCACGUGUUUGACCUGAACGCCGAGGUCGAGCCCGAGCCUGAGCACGAAGAAGACGACUGCCCCGACUUUGAUGCAGACUACGAGGACGGACAAGGCGACUGUGAGGAGAGAUCCAAGGAACACAAGGACGGAUGUGAAGCCUCUGGCUCCGGCAAAGGACGGGAUGUGAUUCCUAUCGGAGAGGGAGACAUCGCCACCAUGUGUCUGCAGCUGUCCUCACAACCAGGGGAUUAUUCAUACUUCAGCCCCAGGACCAUGGCCACAUGGGCUGGACCGGGCUACUGGCAGUUCAAGCCAAAGCACAAGUUGGACCAUUUGCCCGACAAGGAGACACGUAAAAGAAAGCCCAAGAAGACCUUUGAGAUAGACUUCAGUGAUGAUGUCAACUUUGAUACCUACUUCCGCACCACAAGAGCUGCCACCACCAACAGCAAGUCUGCCCUCAGCGCCAGCAAUAAGAAAACAACUCUACCUGCUGACUUCCAGUUUCCCCCGGAAACGCUUUCCCAGCUCAACUUCAAGCCCUCUAGCUCGUUGAGUAAAGAAGGCGAGAAGAGGCUGUCUGGAGAGCUCGGGGAAGGCAUCGGAGACUACGACUACAACAACCCCAACGACACAGCCAACUUCUGUCCAGGUCUUGAGGGCGGCGACAGUGAUGAUGACGUUGAAGGGUUUGCCGGUUCAGAUGAUACACAGACCUCAGGUGACCCUGCAGUCCCACCCUCACAAGAUCAGGAGGGCAUUUCUACCUACGGGGAGGAUGAUCUGGUACCUGAACCAUACAGGGUCAACAAGAUUGAGAUCAACUACGCUAAGACAGCGAAAAAAAUGGACAUGAAGAAACUCAAGACCAGCAUGUGGACUCUCCUGACCGAGAGCCCAGAAAAAACUCCAGAGGAGGAGACAACUGUUGAGAACCCAGACAUGUGUGGGGAGAAGGUCUUCAGUCAGACCACAAAGACGUUGUUACAGAGGUUGCCCAGUACGAUGGCUCAGAACCUCUCUGUGCCCCUGGCAUUUGUUGCUCUGCUUCAUCUCGCAAAUGAAAAGAACUUGGAGCUGGUGAAGGUUGAUGACAUGUCGGAUAUCAUCAUCAAACAAGGCCACUGAGCAGAGACGAGCUGUGGGUGUUGAUAGAGCGUCCCAACGUUUUUUCUCUCUUGUACAAUAUUUGUUUUUUUCUCUCUCUGUCACCUUUAAUAAACUUUUCCUUUUUUCAUUUUCA